UGUUUUAUCCCUCUUUUCAUUUCACAGUUCCGUGCGUGUCUGUACUGUAUGUUGUUAUUUCCCUUCUUCUGACCAAGUUGUGUGAAUUUCCUCUUUGGAAGAUACCGAAGUCAGCCUCUCGCAGUUUAUAUCGGCGUCUUGAGAUGCUUGAUGUCUAGCUCUUGUAUCUUUUUUUUUAAUCUUAACUUGAGUCGAGCUCUUGAUCUUGAGUGCACUGAAUCAAUCACUUGGUUUGGGAUCUAAAAAGAAAACCCAGAGGGAAAUAUUAGACUUCGUUUUUGGAUGAACGUGGCUCUCUCGCUCUCUCUCACUCUCACUCUGUACUUUGGGGAAGAUUCUUUUUUUUUUUCCCCCCUGCUGCAGCCGUUGUUAAUUUUAGGUGACCCUGUCUUGUGUGGGGAGGUGGAAUAUUUAGUUGAAGUUGGUGUUAGGAAGAAUACCCACAAGCCUUUUUUUUUUUUUUUUUUUUUUUUUUUUUUUUUUUGAUGUUCUCAAUCCAGGACAGUCUCCCUCGGGGAGCUUUGACCAUGAAAGAGGAACCGUUGACCAGCGGGAUGACACCAGUCCGGUCUUGGAUGCAAAGUGCUGGGAUACUGGACGCUAACACCGCAGCCCAAAGCGGCGUUGGCCUGGCCCGAGCUCAUUACGAGAAGCAGCCCCCCUCCAACCUGAGAAAGUCCAACUUUUUCCACUUUGUCCUGGCGCUAUAUGAUCGGCAAGGCCAGCCAGUCGAGAUCGAGAGGACCUCCUACAUCGACUUUGUGGAGAAAGACAAGGAGUACAAUGGGGAGAAGACAAAUAAUGGGAUUCAUUACAGGUUACAGCUUCUGUACAGCAAUGGCAUCAGAACAGAACAAGACCUGUUUGUAAGGUUGAUAGAUUCAAUGACCAAACAGGCCAUUAUUUACGAGGGCCAAGACAAGAACCCAGAGAUGUGUCGUGUUCUACUUACACACGAGAUCAUGUGCAGCCGGUGUUGUGACAAGAAGAGCUGUGGGAAUCGUAAUGAGACCCCCUCUGAUCCAGUGAUCAUCGACAGAUUCUUCCUGAAAUUCUUCCUCAAGUGCAAUCAGAAUUGUUUGAAAAAUGCAGGGAACCCACGAGACAUGCGUCGGUUUCAGGUGGUUGUUGCCACAACAAUCAAUGUAGACGGCCACGUGCUGGCGGUCUCAGACAAUAUGUUCGUUCACAACAACUCCAAGCAUGGCAGGAGAGCCCGCCGCCUCGACCCUUCAGAAGCAGCUACCCCUUGCAUCAAAGCAAUCAGUCCGAGUGAGGGCUGGACCACUGGAGGCGCCACCGUCAUCGUCAUCGGGGAUAACUUCUUUGACGGGCUACAGGUGGUCUUCGGCACCAUGCUGGUCUGGAGUGAGCUCAUUACGCCUCAUGCCAUCCGAGUGCAGACGCCACCGCGACACAUCCCUGGCGUGGUCGAGGUCACGCUCUCAUACAAGUCCAAGCAGUUCUGUAAGGGGGCGCCGGGACGCUUUGUCUACACAGCAUUGAAUGAACCUACUAUUGACUAUGGAUUCCAGCGAUUACAAAAGGUGAUUCCCAGACAUCCAGGAGAUCCAGAGAGGCUACCUAAGGAAGUCUUAUUGAAGAGAGCAGCAGAUCUGGUCGAAGCCCUGUAUGGCAUGCCUCACAAUAACCAGGAGAUCAUCCUAAAGCGAGCAGCGGACCUGACAGAAGCCCUGUACAGUGUCCCGCGCAACCACAACCAGCUGCCGUCCCUCACGGGCUCCUCCGCCCACUCAGGAAUGAUGGGAGUCAACUCCUUCAGCAGCCAGCUCGCCGUCAACAUCUCGGAGACAUCCCAGGGCAAUGACCAAGGUUACUCCCGUAACUCCAACAGCGUGUCUCCCCGAGGAUACGGCCCCAGCUCCACCCCCCAGCAGUCCAACUAUAACGCCAUCACCUCCACCAUGAACGGCUACGGCAGCGGCAUGACCAGCCUGGGGGUGCCGGGCUCCCCCAGUUUCCUCAAUGGAUCCACAGCCAACUCCCCCUACGCAAUCAUGCCUUCCAGCCCUCCAUUGGGGGCUUCCUCCAUCAAUGUCCCUUCCAGCGUUAACUCCUCCUGCACCACCCCUGCUGGCAUUUUCUCAUUCUCUCCUGUCAAUAUGAUCUCUGCAGUCAAACAGAAGAGCGCCUUCGCCCCCGUGGUGAGGCCACAGACCUCCCCGCCCCCCACCUGCACCAGCACCAAUGGGAACAGCCUACAGGGUGAGCACCCCGCCCCUCACCUGCCUCCCAACUCUACCCACCACUACUGGGUGUUAGUAGAUGAGGGCAGAUAAGACACACAAGAGCUAUGUCUGGUCUUAUAGUCCCGCCCAUGUAAGUAGGAGAACACUGAAUCUCAAGAUAUCCACAAGCUGAAGAACAUCAGUCCCACUGCCCCCCACCACACCUCAGCAACUUCAAGAACAACAAGAACAUGGCAGAUGGUUCGUUUCUGAAAGGUCCUUUACAAAUUUAAAAUGAACGACACAAAUUAUUUAAUGGUAGACUAAAUAGUCUCCUGAGUUUUGAUGGUUAACCUACAGACAAACCUUGAUUAAGUGAGCCAUAUUGGACCAAGUUAAAAAAGUAAAGUCAUACUUCUUGGCUACAUUUCCCCUUUUUACCCACUAUUCUCACUUCCACAGGUGCCAUGUGUCAGACAGGCAGUGUUAACCACCUCUUGAUAAAUGAUCAGCCUGCUCAUUACGGUUUCAUUCAUGGUUGGGUUUGAGGCAUGAGGUCCUCCAAAAGAUAAUGUGUGGAUGCUCAUAAAGUAUUGGGGUUCGUUACAAAAUAAAUCAUUAAAUAAAUGAGUGUUGUUUUAAUGGUCAAACAGAAAGGUUUAAAUGGACUUCACAGCAAUCAAAAAAAGAAAAUGAGUGUGAUUGUCUCGCUCUCUCAAGACUCACACACUGGAACAGCAGGUAUUUGAGAAACUAAAUUCAUAAUGUGACUCAUUGCAACAAAUUUUAUUUUUUUGAUUGCUGCAUUCCCGGCCUUCUGUCCAUAACUAUAAAACACUCUAUGGUGCUACAUUUAGAAAUACUAAAAUCAAUAAAUUAAAUUAUAAACGUUUCAACUUCAAGUCUUUUUUUUUAUUUCCAGCCUUAUCUCAAGGUCACACCUCUGUCACUCCAGCAGAAUAAAAUUAUUUGAAGUUUGAAUCAUGUAGCCAUGCCUCGUUUGCCAAAUUGCCCACCUGGCUGUCCCUUUUUUUUCAACCAGCUCUUAUAUGCAACAGUGAUAAUAUAGUAGUGGAAGUGUUUCAUAGAUAGAAUCCAUGUUCUUGACAGGAGGGGUAAAGGAAUAGCUCCAGUUAUCUGCACUCCAAAAACUCUACACUGUUCAUAUCUUUAAACUAAUCUAAAACAAAUGAGCACAGCCAGUACCAUGCUUAGCUGGAGAAAGCAGAUGUUUGAAUAUCCGCUCUGAUUUCAGAAAUAAUGAAGAAGGCCUUUAUUAUUUCCUUUUUAGUGAAAGCAUGAAUUGUACAUGGCUAUACCUGCCUACAUUUCAUUCUGAUUUUCCCUUCAGUGUAAUUAUAUGAUUUGGAAUCAAAUUACAUUAAAAAAAUGUUAUCCCUAGCCACCUGCAAAAUAUUGGUUCAUACUGUACAAGAUUAGCAGAUAUUCAUUGAAAUAGAGCCACUUUAGGACAGAGGUAGUUUAGACUUCUUCUCAGUUGUAGUCUUCUCUUCCCAAAUGAUCUGUCAUUACUCACCCAAGUUUCUUCCAUGGAGUUAGCCCGUAGCCUUUAUGUACUUUGGACCAAUGGUUCGGGGGGGGGGGUCCUAUAUCUGGAAUUGGUCUCCAGGUUUGCAUCUGUAGAAUAAAACCAGGAGUGCUUGCUGAGAUUUUGAUCAUGUUUAGGUACUGAUUUUAUUGUGAUUUUUGU